AGUCUAUGGACUCUAUUGAUUGGUCAACGAGGAGAUGUAAAAAAUGGCUGCCUUGCCUUCUCCUACUCAGGUGGCAGGGACCCACAGUUCUAUAUACGAAGCCUAUUAUCACCAAGUUGACCCUAACGGCACAGGGGCGAUCCAAGCUUUGGACGCCGCUCGGUUCCUGAAGAAGUCCCGCCUCAGCGAUGUCGUGCUCAGCAAGAUAUGGGACCUCUCCGAUCCCAAUGGCAAGGGAUACUUGGACAAGGCGGGGCUGUUCGUUGCGCUGAAGCUGGUGGCGCUGGCGCAGGCCGGCAAGGACAUCAACAUGACCAACAUACACAGUGAGGCGCCGCCCCCUAAAGUCGGCGAAUUGCCGAAAGUGCCGCCGGCGAGCGCCUCCCCCGUGCCCGCCCCCGCAGCACCCGGCGCGGCCGGAGACUGGAGCAUCAAGCCGGCUGAGCGCGAGAAGUACAGCCAGCUGUUCGACUCCCUGCAGCCAAACAACGGACUUAUACCCGGCAACAAGGUGAAAGGAGUUUUGAUGGAGUCAAAAUUACCGUUAGAGACCCUCGGGAAGAUCUGGGAUUUAGCAGAUCAGGACAAAGAUGGCAUGUUGGAUAGACACGAGUUUAUUGUGGCGAUGCACCUGGUGUACAAGGCGCUGGAGAAGCACGCGGUGCCGACCUGCCUGCCGCCCGAGCUGCGCGCGCGCCCGGCACGCCCGCCCAGCCGCCCGCCCAGUCGCCCCGCCUCCCGCCCUCCUUCUCGCCCACCCUCGCCCCAGCCCCGCCCCCCGCCGCCCCGCCCUCAUCCGCCGCCGCAGCACGCGCAGCCGCAGUCCAAUGCCUCCCUGCUCGAGGGACUUCUAGAUCUUUCCAGUCCGACAUCGACCCCUGCGAACAGCGUGCCCGGCAUGGCGAGCGUGCCCCCCAACAUGGGGAGCGUGGGCAGCAUGGCCGGCAUGUCGAGCAUGGGGCCGACGCCGGCGGAGCGCGCGCAGUACGACGCGCAGUUCGAGGCGGCGGACAUGGACCGCGACGGGCUGGUCUCCGGCGCUGAGAUCCGCGACACCUUCCUGCGCAGCGGACUGCCGCAGCAGAUCCUCGCGCACAUCUGGGCGCUGUGCGACAGCGGCGGUGUGGGCAAGCUGACGCGGCUGCAGUUCUCGACGGCCAUGUGGCUGGUGCAGCGCGCGAUGCGCGGCAUUCCCCUCCCCACCACGCUGCCGCCGCAUCUGCUGCAGCCUCCGAACCCACCGCACGCACCACUCGCACCACUCCCCCCGCCCACACAGCCCGAGGCGGGACUGAACCUGGGCCCGCAGCCGACGCCGGAGCUGGAGGCGAUAGCGCGCGAGGCGGACGCGCUGGCGCGGGAGAGGCUCGCGCUGGAGGCCGAGGUCGCCGCCAAGCAGCAGGACCUCAUCGCCAAGGAGGGGGAGGCCGACAGCUUGCAGCGCGAACUCGACACGUUGACGGCCACUUUGAAACAAUUAGAGAAUCAGAAGGGCGAAGCACAAAAGCGACUUAAUGAUCUAAAGACACAGGUGGAGAAGCUGCGGUCUCAGGCGAGCGCGCAGGAGGCGGCGGCCGCGGAGACGGAGGCGGAGGUGGCGGGCCGGCGCGCAGCUGCGCAGUCUCAGCGCGCGCAGGAGCAGGCGCUGCACGCCGAGCUGCGCGACGCCGAGGCCGCCGCGGACGCGCUCACUGCGCAGCUGCAGCGCACCGUGCUCGCGCUCAGUCAGGCGCGGGUGAAGAUCGACCACCUGGAGGAACACGAGCGCGCGAUGGAGGCAGCGCUGGAGGCGAUGUCUGCUGGCAGCGCACCCGCAGCGCUGCAGCCGCUGCACGAGCCCCAGUACCUGCAGCGCCUGGCGCGAGGCGCGUCGCUCGACGAUGAGCCGUUCCCCGAGCCGACGACGAACUCUCACUCCGCGGACCCCUUCGCUCCUAGCGACCCCUUCGCGCCCCCCGGCGGCGCCACACACGCUCAGGACGGUUUCGGUGCGGAUCCGUUCGCCGGCGACGCGUUCGCCCCCAGCGAGCCCGCAGCCGCCACCGCCACCACCAAUGACAGCGCAUGGGAGUCGGACCCGUUCGCAGUGCUGCACGCACCGACGCGGGGCUCCGCCGCCCCCGCAGCCCCCGCAGCGCCCGCAGCACCGGCGGAGGGCAAGCGACACGCUCGCUUGUCCCCACAUUGCAGCGCUAAGCGGACGCGGCGGCCGGUCACGUGCGUACACCCGUCUCUCUCUCUCUCUCACACCCGACACACGCCUCUCACUCACACACUUUGUUGCGUCCAGACCGACCGCGCCAAACCGAUGGAAUUCACCGACGACCCCUUCAAAGACUACAGAUACGAGGACCCCUUCAAUAUAGAGGACCCCUUCGCCGACGUCACCGACUCCAGGAAGACGGACCCCUUCGCCCGCUCCACCUCCGCAGUCGGCUUCGAGAUGGACGACUUCUCCUCGCCCCUGCCCAUGCUCAACGGCGGCCCCAAGCCCCGCAGCGGCCGCUCCUCCGCCCCGCCCCUCGCAUACGACCCCUUCGCCUCGCGUUCGCACUUUAAAAACAACAACAACGACUCGUGGGCGGCCUGGCCCGACGACAACUGGGCCUCCGAUGACGCCUGGAACAAGCCUAACGCCACCAACUCCGCCAGCUCGACCGCCGACCGCAAGACCGACAACUGGGCCAACAAGACCGACAACUGGGCGACAGACUGGGGCGCCACCGACACCAACAAGAACCUGAACGAAACCUGGCCCACUAAUACCAGUACCUUGCCCAGUAAGAAGGAGAAAUCGCCGAAGCCGGUGAAGUACGCUAAGUCGCUCGUCCACACGAUAGGAGGGAUAGGAAGGACUAAGCAGAACAAAGAAAAGAAGACUAAACCGACGGAGGCUAAGAGCGUGGAGUUUCUGCCGUCGGAGGAGCAGCAGUGGGCCUGGGCGGCCGCUGAGUCGAAGCGGCUGGAGGCGGAGGCGGAGGCGCGGCGGCGGCAGGAGGACGCCGAGCUGCAGCUCGCGUUAGCUAUAUCCAGGCAGGAGAAGUGACCCUCUCGGUGGUGACCGGUUAAAGGUCAUGUAUCUCCUCCGGUCCUCGCGAGGGCGGUCACAACUUCCACUAUACUUAUUCGUGCAUUUCAAACGAUCCGUCUUUCAUUAGGAGAUGAUUCGUAUGUCUCCAUAGUAAAGCUUAUGUCAUACUUUGACAUGGCAUCGAGCGUUGCACGUCUGGAGCUAUAUUUGUUUGUCUCUUUCGACGACCAAUUCAGUGGCUAAAGUGGAAGGGAGACAACAAUAGAGUGGUGCAAUACCGUCGCCACAUCUUGGCGUUCGUAUGAUGCAUGCUUUAAACAAAAUUAUUCCAUUAAAUAAAAACUUGUAGUACCUUAUAUGUUUCAGAGUUUGUACCCGGUUAAGCUUUCUUCCUUUUGUAUAUGUUGCGCGUUUUAAACAGUUGUAAAUAUUUGUUAUGCCUUUGCGAGGUUCAAUUAUUUAAUGAUAAUUUAACACGGUUAAGUACAUAUAUCUGUUAUGUAACGUAAAGAUUAUAAAUUAUAAGUUAUGCCAGUGAAAGUAUAAAAUUAUACUUAUGUUCUAACCGUCUUUAUCUAUUUUUAAAUGUAUGGAACAAAAAUAACAAAAAAAUGACUAGUCAAUAAAAAAAUAAUUUCCAUUUAUAAAUUGGUAAACAUUGAACAAGAAAUAACUUAAAUCGGGAAAUUGCUUAACGCUUAAAUAAUGAUGUUGUUUAGUUAUUUCAAGAUACAUAUAAUUUAGCGAAGAAUCCGUGUAUAAAAUCAAUCUGAAAUACAUUUAACUUAAAAUAAAACGUUACUACGUGUUUGAUAACGAAUGUAGGAACGUUGUAAUAUCGCAUGUCUAUGCAUUUGAAAGUAAACGCAUUUCUUUAAAAAAAAUGUUAAAGAUUUUUUUGUAAUCGAAGGUGGUAAAUGAGCAAAAUAA